AUGAUUUUUGUUUUUUUGCUUGCUCUGAUAGCCAAAACAACUGAGUAAUCGGCGAUAGAUAACAAUCAAAAAGAUUGUGAUGAAGAUUGCGCCACUACUUUUGGGAUAGUUUUUGGUUUGGUUUUUCCGAUAAGUGGACUUGUUAUUUUUUUCAUAUUUUAUUGCCUCUGCCUUCAAUUGAAAAAAGAAAAGAGAAAUCUAAUUUUAAGGGAUCUAAAUUAGGAAAACAAUUCAACCCCAGAAAAUUUGCAAUUUGGUUUAGAAAUUCUUUAAAACAGUGAUUGGGCAUUAAGCCAAAAUAAGAACCACUACCUCUAAUUAAAAGCCCACGAGCGCAACAUAAAACUUAAUUAUAACUAGAAAUUAGAUAAACAUUUCAUAGAGAUAAAUAUUAAUAAAAAUUGGAUAUCUUUUCAUGGUCAUGUUAAGCUAGAUAAAAACAUAUGGAAAAUUUAUUUAAUAUAAACAUAAAAAUGUAGAUAUGUCUAAAGAUCUUGCUGCAAAUUAUCAAUUAUAGUAUUGGAAGGUUAGUCUUAAGAUUUAAGUAUAGGAUUCAAAGGAAGAUGGUAUCUCACAGAUGUUUAAGAUUUCUUUGGAACAUGGGCUUGGGAACCUCUACAGAUAGAUUAAUGA